GAUUAAUUUUCACGUCUUUCCACUCUCUGUUCGUGAUACUCGACCACGUUAUUUAGCGAGUGUUAAAUUAUUUGUAGAUUUUUGUAUUUCUAGUUAAUAUUUUAAUUUCAAAUGGCUCCUGCUGCAAAACAGCCAAAAGCCGCUGGUGGUGAUAAAAAGCCUGCGGCCAAAAAGCCGCAGGCUCAACAACCUGCCAAGGCCAAACAGGAAGCACCUAAGCCAAAAGCUGAACCUAAGGCUCAGCCCAAGAAACCUGAACCGGUAGUCGAACCAAAACAACAACCAAAAAAAGACACCAAACAACAAGCUCCCAAGGCUCAACCUGCACAAGAAAAGAAACCGGCUAAAGAACAACCUAAGAAAGAAACUGCACCUGCACCUAAGAAGGUUGCAUCAAAGGGAAGCCAGGACAGUAAGAAGCCUGCUCCACAGCAACCAUCUAAGGCUAAUGCUAAAGCUGAACCAGCUAAGGAAAAACCCAAAGCUGCUAAAGCUGAUCCUAAAGCUAAAAAAGCAGAACCAGUGAAAGCUAAAGAGCCUGAAGUAAAACAAACAAAGAAAGCUCAACAACAAGCAGCACCGCCAACUAAGGGAAAGAAAGAAGAUCCUAAAAAGGUAAAGGAAGAACCCAAGGGCAAGUCAACUAAGCGUCCGGCUGAAGAAGUUCCUAAAGCUGUCAAAAAAGAAAAGAAAGAACCAGUAAAAGCAGAAAAGAAACCUGAACCCGCUAAAGCUGCCAAGAAAGAACCUGAAGCUGCCAAGAAAACUCCAGCUGCUGCUGCCAAGAAAACAGUUGAAAAGAAACCUACUACCGAUAAGAAACCAGUUGAGAAAAAAACAGUUGCUGCUACUACUGCUGCUGCUCCAGCCAAAAAACCUUUGACUGCAGCUGUAACCGUUAAGAAGACAGUAGCUGCGCCGACCUUAAAGAAAGCACCAGGUGCACCUAAAAAGAUUGCUUUAACUAAAAAAGCAAAUACUGUACAGAAGAAACCUAAGACAACAUUGAGGGGUAAAGGAGCUGCUUUGAAAAAGAAGAAAGAAACUAGAAAGAUGACAAUCGAUUGUACUCAUCCAGUGGAAGACAGUAUUAUGGAUGUCGCUAACUUUGAAAAGUUCCUCCAAGAACGAAUGAAGUAUAAUGGAAAAACAAAUAACUUUGGUAAUGUUAUCUCCUUGGAAAAAACAAAAACGAAAAUAAUUGUCAAUUCUGACGUACCUUUCACCAAGAGAUACUUAAAAUAUUUAACAAAGAAAUACUUGAAGAAGAAUAAUUUGAGAGAUUGGUUGAGGGUAGUCCGCAGUGGACCAGACAGCUAUGAACUCAGAUACUUCCAGAUCAACAAUGCUGAAGAUGAUGAUGAAGAGGACAAUGCUGAUUAAAGAUCGAAAACAAAUUUUAUUUUUAAUUGUUUGACUCCUUGUACAUCAUCUUAUUAAUAAUAAAAAAAAA